AACUCGGAAGUUACCUGUGUCUUUGCCAUUUCUGUAGGUUGCAGCUACAGGAGGAAGAGCAAACAUCCCAAAGAAAACUAAAGGAUUGGAUUUUUAUACAUAAUCUUUCAGGUCUGGAGACCCCUCAGUUAUCCUGAAGCUGUGUAUCCACAGGACUGUUUUCCUCUACUUCGUGUUGAUAGGUCGCUAGACUCUGGAAAGUACCUCUGGCUGUUUGAUCAACUGAAGAUUUUAAGUGCCAAGGUGAUAGCAAUGAAUAGUGUGAAGGCAAAUACGCUGGCACAUUUAUACAAGCAGCUGAAAACUAUCUGGAGUCCACCAGCAGCACCAGCACGACUCUGCAGUCUGGCUGCCUGCACUCGUAAAACCAGGAAUGAUGCAUUGCAUCCACUUUGGCAGAGUCCGCUUACGAUUCCUGGUGGCACUCGACAGUCUCCUAUCAAUAUCCAGUGGAGAGACAGUGUUUAUGACCCCUUUCUGAAGCCUCUGAAAAUCAGCUACGACCCAACAACAUGUCUUCACAUCUGGAACAAUGGAUAUUCAUUCCUGGUUGAGUUUGAUGAUUCAACUGAUAGAUCAAUAAUCGUUGGAGGUCCCUUGGAAAACCAAUACAGGCUAAAGCAGUUCCACUUCCAUUGGGGAGCCAUAAACGAGUGGGGUUCAGAGCACACAGUUGACAGCAAAUUUUACCCAGCAGAGUUGCAUUUAGUACACUGGAAUGCCGUUGUGUACCCAACUUUUGAAGAAGCUGUAAUGGAAGGUAACGGCUUGGCUGUCAUUGGAGUGUUUUUAAAGCUGGGAGCACAUCAUGAAGGGCUGCAGACACUGGUUGAUGCCUUGCCAGCAGUUAAACACAAGGACACUGUUGUUGAAUUCGAUGUCUUUGAUCCUUCCUGUUUGAUACCUUCAUGCCCUGACUAUUGGACCUACGCAGGCUCUUUGACUACUCCCCCGCUUACUGAGUCAGUCACGUGGAUUAUUAAGAAGCAGCCAAUAGAGGUUGAUGAGAAUCAGCUGGAGGCAUUUCGGAUGCUGCUCUUUACUUCAGAUGGUGAAGAAGAAAAGAGAAUGGUAGACAACUUUCGCCCUCUGCAGCCGUUAAUGAACAGAACCGUCCGUUCAUCGUUCCAAAGCAGGCACCUCUUGAAUACUGAAGUACAGCCCAAGGACCACGCUGAGCAGAUCCGGCCAUAGAAGGUCCAUGAAAUGUCAGUCCAGACUGCAGUACCUGGAUAUAAAUGACAUUAUUUUUUUAAUUAUUUGUCCUUUUUCUGCAGUGUGUGUAUGCCGUACAGUUUCACAGCCAGCCAGUUGCAGUUCUGCUAAGCGCCAUUCGACCUUCAGUAGAGAAGUUGUGGGGUUUUUUUUAGAUUUUCUUUUUUAAGUAGUAAGUGAUAUUAACCCUUAACAAAUUGACUUGCUGUAAGGCAGGGAUCAAUAAGGAAUUAUUUUGACAGUUACAGGAAAAAUAAGGGCAGGUGAUGUCUUCCCCUGCUUCUUUUCUGAAUUGUUCUGUGUCUCUUCAAAUGCUCUUUCAGUGACUUGCAUGAAUUAAUAAUCCCAACUAAAAACAUGUUGGCAAGCAGGAAGUGGGAAGAAGUGAAAAGUAUUCAUUCUAAUCAGGUCCUUUUGAGGAAUUGUUUCAGAGGUUUGGGAAGAGAAAUAUAUUCUCUAGUCACAUAGGCAGGGACAUCUUAUCUUCUUCCUUUUUCCUCUGUGCUUAGAAUGAAAAGAGAAGGAAGAAAUUGGCUUAUAAAAUCUAACCUCUUUCCAUUCUAUUGACUGCCUGAUCCAUGUUUGAUAUGACUGCCACAAAAUGUUGGCUUUAUCUACACCACAAGCUAGAAGAUUUUUUCUAAAACCUUAUAACAAUUGUAGAAGCUUUUAGCUUUGGCACCAUUUACUUUCCUGUAUUAAUAAUGUACCAGGAGAAGAGAGCAGAAGAGAAUUCACCGGUAUCUCAAGAUUGGCAAGAGCAGCAAAUUAGGUGAAAAUGUCCAAUUGAUCCCAGGAAACUGAUCACAUCAAGGGAAAGCUAAAUUUGAUACACCCCAGCUGACCCUCCCAAUGGGAUUUUGGGGGGGGAGGGGGUGGAAAUCCCAAACAAUUUAUGAAACCCAAUCCAGUGCUAGGAGACUGUGGGCAAAACGCAGCAUUCAGUAACUCAUAAAGCACCAGUGCACUCUCUUCAAAGUUUUGUUGUAAGAUGCACUUUUUAAAUGGAAAUAGUUAUCUAGCUUUAGGACAACUGGGGACCAGAUUUUAUUUAUAGCACCUUAUGGUAACGAAGUUAAGUGGUGGUUGCAAUUUAUUUGUGGACCAAAUGAAAUUGUUGUGUGAGCUGCCAGCUCUGGAGCCUUAUCCUAGAGUUACGGUCCAAUUGCCACAAGUAUUUUCUACCUCUGAAGCAUACUGCUGCUGGCCCUAAUUUUCUCUCAGGCAUCUUUCUCGCUGGCUUUUUAUGCUUUCCUGUAUUUAACAGUGUGCCUAUGUAUGAAAUUCAUGAACUAAAUGUAUGGUCAGAUUUUCUGAUGAGGAGCAGGUCUGUCUGUAAACUCACGAUGUGAUUUUGAUUGAUUGUAUUUGAGGAGUCAUCUUGGAGAGCAGAUAUUACUUGGUCUGCUCCUCCCAGUAAGCAAAGUCACUGGUUGCUGCUGUGGUUCAGCACAAGUGAUGCCAGGACACUGGCUUGUCAAUGCUAAAUUUGGAACUUUAAACUUGAUACUUCUUUUUAAGUCCAAGUAUUCUGUCUAAAAGCACUUUAACACUUUUUAGUGUGGCCCUGAUGACUUUAAGGCUUUUGAAUGUUCUCUUUUAACCAAUUAAGUGCCUAGGUCCUGCCUUUGCUUCCUUAAUAGUUCUACCUCAGCCUGUUGUUAUGUUGCAACAGUUGUGCCUUUCUCCUUUGGCAAAUGUGGCCACUUAACUUUAGAGUGACUCUAUGCGAUAAAGGAGAGAAAAUUUCUCUUCUGUCCCAGUGUUGCCUACUUAUUUUUACUAUGUAAUAUAGUUAACAUGGCAGUAUAUAUCUUCAAUUUCCUUACCUCUCUCCAAGCCCUCACUGCUCAGUUUAACCUUACCAUCUUGGUUGAACUCCGUAGAACUAUAUCAUCUAUACCAAUUUGUUUGAACUGUGCAGUCUUUGGCACCAUCAGACAGACUUUUUAUGUUCCUGGCCUGCAGAAUCUAUGCAGACAUAAAAUUAAUCAGUUUCUGUACUGAUUGUUUCAAAUAUUUGGGAUCAGGGUCAACACAGAAAGAAUUAACUUCACUGUGCUACAAAAAUAAGCUUUACGGGGAUUUUCUGUUACAGGUGUUUUGCUGGUGUUUAAGUCUCACAUUUAUGUGUUUUAGCAUCUCUGGUUAAAAUAUUUCAGUUGCAGGGUGGAUUGUCGUUGAAAUUAGCAGUCUGGAAAUUAACAGAAAAGUAUUCUGGGUUUUGGGGGGAGAGCUUUUUUAACUUUUAUGUUACAAUGACUGUACUGGCCUUGUAAAAGCUAACUUCAAGAAAAAUAAUACCGUGUGCCUGCGUGUGUAUGUAAAACAGGAGAUGGGAUAGAAUUCUUUUGCCUUAUUCUCUGUUGUGUGGGGUGGAAAUGAUUUGAUUGUUGGACUAGAGCUAAUAUAUGUUAUGAUAUUGCACAACUAAGUUAAACUCUGAAAGGUGUCUGCAUAGGAAUCUUAAGGCUCUUCUUUUAGAUGGUACAACACAAAAGGGUCAAAGCACACAUUUAUAUUUGUUCUUGCAUAGUAGUCACUUCCGUUACUUAAUACUGUACUGGAAGGCAUUCCUGUGGCCAUGAGUACUAGGAAUUAAAGACUGUAAAAGAAAUAACUUUAAGGAGAGCUUAGUGAAAAGGGAGCAGAAGGUUUUUGAGCUUAGAUCUGCGUCUGUCUUGCCUUUGAAUAUUUCUGUUAAAUAUUGCUGUUAUCAGAAGUCUCAUUCUUGGUGGCUUCAUAGCUGGAACGACUUCAUUUGGCGUUUGAAUGUUUGAUCCAUACUCCUACGUUCCAGAACUUUCACACCAGUGCAGCUCAGGUGUAGGCCACCACGGCUGCCUGACCAGUCUUUUGAUGUUUUCUGUCAUGGGUGAUAUUUUUACAUCACUGGUAUUUCUACUGCCAGUCUGCCAGGAGUGUAUCUUUUGGCUUUGAAAGCUAUAGAAAUGGAGAUUGCUUUGAUCUCACAAAAACCUGCUAGGUUUUAAAGUACUGGAAUUCUACACAGCUUACUUUUGAGGAAAGGUCCCUUUUUCCAUUCAACUUCAUUGUCAAUAGCAUUUGCUUUAAAAAUUGAAUGCCUUAAUUUUGAAUAUCUUAACUUGUAUUUCUUGGCACAUCUCUGCUUUUUUCUUUGCGCAUCUUGAUUUUGUGGCAGUUAUUAUGUUGUGUACUUCAAUUUAUGUUAUCUGCCUAAUCAUAAUUUACAGAAAUAAUUGUCUUUGCAGACAACAUAUGUAUGUUCUCCUGUGAUACAGGCCUUUUUCCUCAGUUUUUACCCAAUAUCACGAAACUUCUAGCUGCUGGAUUUUAACUGUUACAUUAGUGUGCAACUAUGCAAUAAAGAAACACAGAGAAACCUGUGUCAGUAUCUCAUUGUGUAAUUAAGCUCUUCAAGUUAAAAAGUAGAUAUUUUUUUCUGUCAAGAAAAUAAUACAAUAAUACAUUCCUCCUUGAGAAUGAACCAGUUCAUUAUAAAUGGAGUCUACUCAGAUCUCAGACAUUCUGUGAUACUUAAAAGCUAUGAAAGACUCUGCUGAACUGUAUUAUAAUUGAAAUGAAAGAACAAUGAGCUCUCUGUUGCCACUGUACUGGUGGAAGGAUGUCUAAUUUCUUGUUACAUUCAGCUAGAUGCCACAUGCUGUUUAAAAUGGGAUUCUGAAUUUUGGAGAUUGUUGCUAAACUACUUCACUUGAUGCUGAUCAUUAAACUUGACCAGUUUGACUAA